ACAAUGUGUGACAGUCACAGCCCUACACACACAGAGGGAGAGAGAGAGCAUCCUAUUAAGACACCAACUUAAGUGGUGCAUCUACUGAUGAACAGCAGUGGAGGCAGACAGAAGAAAAGGUGGCAUUUUCUCCUCUCACCUGGGCCCCAAGGAAGACCAGAGUGCAACUGUUCCACAUCUCAGUUCUUGGAUCUGAUGAUAAGAAUUUUUCCCUUAAGACACAAGCUGGAUAACACAUUUUGAUAGCAGUCUGUGAUAUAGAGCACCUUAGGAAAGAAGUGGAUUCUGCUGUGCUCUCUGGUUGAACAAAACAACAAUGGUUCCUGCAGAAAUACAGUUGAAAAUCAGAGGAAAUACAAUACUUGGCGAUGGUGGAUCUUGACUUGGCAUACAAACUGUGAACUAUGGAGAAGGCUGGGCCAGGUUUCCUGACAAAUCACACAACUCCAAAUGAUACAUCUAGCCAAUGGAGACCCACAAAGCCCACCCCACCAAGCAUGGAGGAAGUCAUCCACUCCGAGUCCCAAAUUAAACAUCUAGUGGGGUUAUUUGGCAUGGUGACCCUUAACCUUGCAGCCCUGCUUGGCAACACCGGAGUUAUUUUGGCCAUUGCCCGAGCUCCCCACACGAAGAAAUAUGCAUUUGUAUGCCAUCUUUGUGCAGUGGAUUUGCUUUGUGCCAUAUUACUGAUGCCUCUUGGAAUAGUAUCGAGUUCUCCAUUCUUCAGUACUGUGACAUUUACGGUUCUGGAGUGCCAAGUAUACAUCUUUCUUAACGUGUUUCUGGUCUGUGCCUCUAUUCUUACUGUAACUGCCAUUAGCGUGGAACGCUACUAUUACAUUGUUCAUCCCAUGCGCUAUGAGGUAAAAAUGACUAUACACCUGGCUGUUGGAGUCAUGGUAUUCAUUUGGGUGAAAUCUUUGCUUUUAGCACUUGUUACCUUACUUGGUUGGCCAGCAUAUGGGCAUCAAAGCUCCAUUGCAGCUACCCAUUGCUCUCUACAUUGGAGUCAUAGUCGUCUCAGGAAAGUGUUUGCCAUUCUUUUCUGUGCGGUGUGCUUUCUGGUUCCUGCAGUCGUGAUUUUUGCUGUGUACUGUAACGUCUACAAGGUGGCACGGUCAGCUGCAAGACAACAUGUUCCCAUGCCCCCCUGGCCCCCUAAUCCAGCUAAGUGUCGCUCAGAUUCCAUUAACAGUCAGACUACCAUCAUCACUACUACACAGAGUUUGCCUCAGAGAUUGUCCCCUGAAAGGGUAUUUGGAGGUGGGAAGGCAGCCCUCACACUUGUGGUAAUUGUGGGGCAGUUCCUGCUGUGCUGGCUUCCAUACUUCAGCUUCCACCUUCACAUGUCCAUCACAGCACCACUCCAGAGUCCAGGGGACAUUGAGGAGAUUGUCACUUGGUUGGCGUACUCCUCGUUUGCAGUGAACCCAUUUUUCUAUGGGCUGCUUAACAGGCAGAUCCGAGAGGAACUCAUAAAGCUCAGGAAGUGCUGUGCUUCCAACAGACCUGUGGAAUUUAGAGGCUCCAGUCAUGAAGGAUCCAUCCAGGAGAACUUCCUACAGUUCCUGCAGAGGACCAGCAGCAAGACUGAGACCACCAGGUCCAGCUGUGCCAACUCCAGCCCCAGAAACACCCUGGACCAUAGUGUCAGGAUACCUGGACAGAUCCCUGAGGAGUGACUAAGACUCUGAGCAUGUGCCUUCUGUUAUAUCAUUUAGUUGUAUGGGUUUGGAUAAAAAUGGGCCUUCUGGCAUGUUUGUGUUGUACUAGAUGAGUGUUAAAUUUAAGCUAAGCCAUAUUAAUACUGAUGGAUAUAAUUAUGUGUCCAUCAAAGGGUACCAUUUUUUGUGCAAUGGAUGUGGUAAUAGGGAUGUCUGAAGUAGAAUAAUUUACAAUUUAUGAUCCACUUUGGGCACUUUAUGAUCACCCUUACUCUGAAAACUUACACUGAAAUGGCAAUAACAAUAAUUCAAAAUUCAAUGUAACUGUUUUUAGGAAAUAACAUGGCUUAAAAGAAACCUUUCCAAAAGAAAUGAACAGUAUAACUAUAAAUGAGAAAUCUUGUUUUCAUAUUAUUUUCAUAAUUGUGUGACAUUGAAAGAAUAGACAUUAGUCUUCCAAUUAAGUUGAGCAGGCUCCUGUAUAGCUUGCUAAUUCCGUCUGCCCAUCACCAUGGAAAUGUGGUGAGACUGAGUCUUGCAUAGCAACAGGAUUCUUUUGAGCUCAGGUCUGCUUGCAAAUUGCAUAAAAUACAGUGUUCUGGGUUAGCUUUUCACCCAAGCUAAGCAGCAAUAGCACACCACUAACUGCACAUUCACAUUAGUGUACCUGGAUGAGGAAAACCCCUUUUGCUCUUUCUAUCUAAAUGCAUUUAUUACGCCGAGCCACAGAACCAUGCUGGUGUAAAGCACUGAAAAUCAUUACCAUGCAACAAAAGUGCUCAGGCAGAGAUAAGACCGUGAGUUUUAUGGGCUUUUCACUGUUUGUGGAGGACCUUUACAAACAGAGAGUGAAAAAUCAGGAGCAGGCUGGUUUGUCUACAGCAAACAGGAACAAUACCUGGUGGUUACAUGUGCUUUUAUUAUGUACCUAAGGCUGUGUAAUGUGUAAUGAAGGUGUAGCAUACUGUAUAGGUGGUAUGUAUGCAAGAGAGUGGUUAUGAUGCAUGUAAACAUAGAUACACACUUUCACACUCUCAAGACAUUUUUCUUCACCUUUUCUUUCAAAAUAUAAAAACAAUGUAUAUUACACAGCUUAGGAAAUGGCAUUUUUUGGUACAUCAUUAAGUUGAAGUGCCAUUUUUAAUUUAUGACCAUUGCCUUAGAAAUUGCUCUUUUUUCUUUAGAGAUUCAAUAGAUAGUGACCUUGCCUGCAACUUCAAACAAUGAGCCAACCUUCGGGGCUGACCAAGAGAGAGAAAGAGAUAGGCCGAGAGAGCAAGUGAACAAGAGACAGAUGCACAUGUGACAUGAUUAGGGAUUCAUAAACUUAAGCGUCCCUGUCACGAUCAAAACAAGGCCAGAACAAAACAAAAUCUGAAAGGAUUUAGAGAUGCUGAGGUAAAGAUUAAAGGGAAAUGAUUAAAGAGAGGAAGGUGGGGAGGGGACAGCACCCAACAGCCCUUUGUGUCUCUCUGAAUGGUGGAUGCAGAGAAAAUGAGUUCUAUUAACAUGUGCUAGUGUGGUCACAGACCUCAUUCAUUCAUCUAGUGCCUAUGUAUAUAGUGACCAAAAAAUAAUUCAGUUUUGAACCUCACAAAUGAAACAUUUCAUUAUUGCACAAAAAAGAAACUGCACACUGCAAGCUUUAAUAAUUUUACUUGAUUAUAAAGCUAAAUAAUAGUGCAUUAAGUGAGGUCUACAGUGGCCUGUAAGUGACUAUAGUACCACACAAUGGACCUGGAGUAUAACACUGACAAGACAGAAAAUGUGCUUGAUUACACAGAUGUUUUGAUUACUUCCAUGUUUUUAGAUUUUGGCGGUAAAUGCAUUCAUCGAAGUAGUAAUUAAAUAGUAAAAUUUUGGUCUAGGACAAUUAGCAGAACAAGCUGAGAGAUGGGGUAAUGACUCAAAUCAGUGCCUGUUCAAAGUGGUGCACAAGAGCAGGGAGACAGCGUAGGAAGAUGGAUGAUGAAAGAAUGGUGGAGUGUGGAGGGUGGGAGGAAGCAAUGAGUUGUAUCUGGUUCAUGUACUCAGUGCAAUAAGAAGAGUAUAAGCCAGACCUGAUUCAUAUGCGAGAACAAUGUGUGCUAUUGUACUACUGAGGCAUUAGACAGUUUAGAAUGUUACCAAAUGUUUCCUGUAUUGUGGAUGACAUUAUUAAUAUUAAUAUUGUUAAACUGUAAAUGUAAAACAUGAAAAUGAUCCACAAUAAGAAACAUUUGCUUCAGAUAGAAGAUAAAAAAAAGACACGUUAUUUUAACUACUGUUGUAAUUUGUACAAAUUACCCCACUAAUAUGAAUUAUAUAAGGGAAUUAAGUACUUUGUUAUAAAGAUAUGUUCAUUUCACCUCCCAUCUUUAACCACACAACAAUACCACCUAGGUUGUGACAAAUACUCCAAUUGUAGUGUUUUCUAUGCUACCAUGAAUAAAGUAUUUUAAAGAAUACAUUUCUUUGCAAGUUCAACAGUUCCCCUUUAUGUUUUACAUGUGGAUGGAAUAUGAUUUGUCAUUUCUUUUAGUACAUGUGAAGAAAGUAUUGAUUUCCAUUAAUGUAGCAGUCCCUGCUUCAGUCCAUGUCAUCUACCUGCAACAGAUCUAUCCUGGCCUAUCUUACCUGCAACAGAUCAAUCUUGGUCUAUCGUACCUCCAGCAGAUCUAUCCUGGAAGAACACGUCUAUUGUCUCAGUACUCUUGGAGUCUGAUAAAAAAAAUACUCCCUCUGCUGACAUCCAAGGCUGGCAUUGGUUCGUAAUAGCAGGCUAUAGAAGACAAUCUUAAUGGGUCUAAAGGUUAGAGAAUAAGGGGAAAUUCUGUGAGCUAGUGCGUAUGAAAGGGACUGCUAGCAUCACAGAGAUUAUGUGGAUUUUCCAUGAGAUUGGAGUAAACAAAUGUUGUACUAAGUGCUUCUCUAAAUGCCUGUACCUCACGUGUGGUCUGCGUUUGUCGCAUGUCAGUUAUCAGACAAAGACAAUAAAGACAGCUACUGUAUGCCAACACUUUUUACUUUUACAGAUGGUAUCUUAAGUACAUCACUUUCAUGAGCUAAAAUGCAACCAGAAAUGCAAAUUGAUUAAUACAGUUCUAUGCAUUUUUUUUAAAAACAAUUUAUUUAAUGCAGUUUAUGAACUUAAUGUAUCCUCUGAAAUGAUGAUAAACUGAUAAAUAUAGCCUAGGGCUUUGUAAUGCUGGUUAAAAAAAGGCCAUUACAUAGCAAUGCCAUUGAGUACCAGAUUUAUUAAUCAUUUUCUUUCUGGUUAGACAGA